CACAUAAUAUUUUUUAAAUAUUGCAAAGAUUUGAUUUAUUUGAAUUUUCUACAAAAAAGAUACUUUAAUAAACAAUAAUUAUUAAUAUUAAUUUUAUUUUUAUUUUUUUUAGAUAUUUUUUCAUAAUUUUGUGUUUAGUUUUGUUUUAAAAUUAAUUUUGAGUGUUUAGUUAAUUUUUAUAGGUUUUUAUUUCUAGCACAACAUUUCUUUUACCUACAGAAUGUCUUCUUCUGCCACAUUUGUCACUCCCGAUCGUCAUGGUUACAAUGUGAAAUGGUCUCCAUUCGAUGGUAAUCAUCUUCUCCUGGCCACAAGUCAGCUCUAUGGACUUGCAGGUGGUGGAAGUUUGUUUCAUUUGGAACUACGAUCCGAUUGUGAAAUUGAAGAAAUUCGUAAAUAUGAAUGGUCAGAUGGAUUGUUCGAUGUUGCAUGGUGUCCCUAUGCGGAUAGCGUAGCAGCAACAGCAUCCGGUGAUGGAAGCCUUCAAAUUUGGAAUCUCGAAGAGAAUGAAAAGUCUACCAAACCCAUGGCAAUCAUGCAAGAACACAAGAACGAAGUCUACUGCAUUGAUUGGGGUGAACAGUGGAACAAUCAUCACAUCUUAAGUGCCAGUUGGGACGGAUCGAUGAAGCUGUGGGACUCGAAUCGGCUGAGUUCGGUGGCUACAUUUGUGGGUCAUUCCGAUUUGAUUUAUUGUGCUAAAUUUUCUCCCCUUCUAGCGAAUAUAUUUGCAAGCGUAAGUACUGAUGGACACUUGAACUUAUGGAAUUCUUUAGAUUUUUCAGGUAAACCAUUGAUAAGUGUGCCAGCACACGCUGGUGAGGUGCUCAACUGUGACUGGAGUAAAUUCGAUAGGAAUGUUCUGGUGACUGGAGGCUCAGACGGUGUUGUACGCGGCUGGGAUUUGAGGAACUUGAGACAACAUACCUUUGAGUUGUAUAGUGGGGAGUUUGCAGUGAGACGUUUGGCUUUUUCUCCAUGUUCCUCCACACUUUUAGCUGCAGCUAAUUAUGAUUUCACAACAAGGAUUUGGGAUCUUAGCAUGAAGCAUGAUGCCAUCGAAACGAUAGCAAAACACUCAGAGUUUGUCUAUGGCCUUGAUUGGAAUGCUAAUAAUCCUAAUCAAAUUGCCGAUUGCGGUUGGGAUUCGGUUUUGAAUGUCUACACACCAGACUCACUCAAGGAUAAGAUUAGUCAUUAAGUUAAAUUAAUUAAAGAAAUGUGA